AUGGGUGAAAUUGAAGAGCCGGUGCGUAAAAGCACACCUCCCCCUCCAUAUAGCCCUGAAAGGCCACCACCGCCUUAUUCAAAGAUGAUUAAUGUAAGAUUGGGCGAUUUAAAUGUAAACAAAAUCAUGGAAAAAGAAGAGAUGAAUUGCAAUACACCUCAUCUUCCAUGUACACCAUUUUCAAGCGGAUCCGUUAGCUCUACUGUUCAUCCACAACUGAUUUCAACUCCAACAAACGUUAUUAGCAUAUUAGAAGGUGUCAAUCCAGCUUCCGGACCAAGCGAUGCAUCAGUUGCAGUGUCAAAUUAUAUUGUUAAGAAGGCAACAACCGCGGAGCCGCAUGAUGAAUUUUGUCCCAAAUGUCAGUGUCGGAUCCGUACUAAACAAAGUCACAAAUCGGGUCGUCUCACAUGGUUACUUGUAUUCAUCAUCCUUAUUUUAUUUUUUCCUAUAGCAUUCGUACCAUUUCUAAUCGAUUCUUGUAAAGAUGUAAGGCAUUAUUGUCCUAAAUGUAAUAUGUUACUGUCUGUUAAAAAACGAUUUUUCUUCUAA